AUGAAGUUAAUCACUAAAGAAGAAAAAGAUGCUCAUUUAUCUCAUGUUUUGUUUGAAGGUGGUAAGGGUUUAAUUUAUGGUGGUAUAUUAUCAACAGGUUUAUACGCUUAUUUAAAACAUAAACAUCCCGUUAGAUUUAAAUCUUUUACUCCAAGUAUUAGAGCUGCUAUAUUAGCAAUGCCAACUGUUUCAGUUGCUGCAUUUUGGGCUGAUCAAGGUUCAUGGGAAUUUGAUAAAAAAGCUCAUCAAGGUGAUUAUGAAGAAAAUAAAUUUUUACAAGAUUUGAAAAAUUGGCAAAAAUUAUCGACUAGUGAUAAAGUUUUCACUGUUUUAAAUGACCAUAAAUAUCAAAUUAUUAUAACAGCUUGGGCUGCUUCAUUAUAUGGUUCAUGGGUUUAUGUAAAUAAAGAUCCAAUCAUGAGUGUUGCUCAAAAAGCUGUUCAAGCAAGAAUGUAUGCUCAAGGUAUUACUAUAAUAUUAUUAUUAAGUACUAUUUUAUUAGCUAUGAAAGAUGAAGAAUUAAAAAAGAAACAACCAAAACCGAUACCAGAAUGGAAAAGAAUUAUUUAUGAAAAAGAAAUGGAAGAUAAGAAGUUAUUACAACAACAACAAUUAAAAGAUGAGCAUGUCGAUAAAGCUCAUGAAAAAGAUACUCAUCCAUCAAAUAUUAUAAAAGAAUUAAAUAGAUCAAAAGAUCAAGAAUCACAUUAA